AUGUCUUCUUCUGCUACAGAGCCUUUGGGACAACCUGUCCCCCAGUCAUCAGUAGUUGACUCUGAUUCCAAUCAGAAUCCCCCCGAUUCUGUGCAGAGCCCUGUAAAGGCCGACGUCGCCCCUACUCCUGUAGAAUCCAGCGACAUCAAACAAGUCUUUGAUUCAUCUGCUCUUCAAGAACAACAUUCUCAGGAACCUGUUCUUCAGGAAUUAGCUCCUCAGGAAUUAGCUCCUCAGGAAUUAGCUCCUCAGGAAUUAGCUCCUCAGGAAUUAGCUCCUCAGGAAUUAGCUCUUCAGGAAUCAACUAUUCAGGAAUCAACUAUUCAGGAAUCAACUAUUCAGGAAUCAACUAUUCAGGAAUCAACUAUUCAGGAAUCAACUUCUCAGGAAUUAGCUCCUCAGGAAUUAGCUCCCCAGGAAUUAGCUCCUCAGGAAUUAGCUCCAACAGAUGCCACAGAAACUGAAAUAGCUACCAAUGAAGACAACUAUGACCCAACAACCACUAUUAAAACAAAACCUACAACAAUUCUUCCUAAAACCCCAUCUUCGCCUGCCCCAGCUCUUUCAACAAAUAAUACGAGUUCACACAGCACAUCUAGCGUGACAUCUUCAGAUAAUCCCCAACCACAAGCCCCUCCUUCACUUCCAAAGAAACCAGAAGUUUCUUCUAGCGCAGUCAUAGCUAACACGGCUAAUGCAAACAAUGACCAACAAUCCUUAAAGCCCCAAAAAAAUGGUGCAACCCGUGGGAAAUCUCCCAGCACUAUUGCUGGCAAACGUAAGCGCACAGAUGUUCCUGGAACCUCUCCUACUACUACUACUACUACUACUACUACUACUACUACUACUACUACUACUACUACUACUACUACUACCUCACCUUUCCUGGACCGUCUUGAAGAAAAAAUCAAAAACAAUGAUAUUCGUAGCGCUCGCUACUGGGACCAAUACUUGCGCCACUUUGAAACUCUUGGCCAGUUUGAAGCCACAGAAGCAGCCUACGAAAGAGCAGUCACUGCUUUCCCAUAUGGCGCAGAAUUCUGGGUUCGCUACAUCCAACUCGAACUCAACCAUAGCGAAUUCCCUAAAGUUGAACAACUCUUUUCGCGCUGCCUCACAAAAAUCCUAAGUGUCAAGCUUUGGACUCUUUAUCUGGGGUACAUUUUGCGCAUGAAUAACUUUAAAACUGGUGGUGAUUCAGCCCGCAAUAUCAUUUCAGAAGCAUAUGAGUUUGCCCUCAACCAUAUUGGCAUUGACCGCGAUAGUGGCCCCAUCUGGGCACAGUACCUCGACUUUAUCAAGUCUAAAAACACCCAAACCACUUGGGAACAACAGCAACAAAUGGACCUUAUCCGCAAAACUUACCGCCGUGCCAUUUGUAUACCCCUCAGUAAUGUCGAGGCUCUGUGGACAGCUUACAAUGCUUUUGAAAAUAACAUUAGCAAAACAACAGCCCGUAAAUUCAUCAACGAAAAGUCUCCAGCAUACAUGAUUGCCCGCUCAGCAUCAAAGGAAAUGAAUAAGUUCUUGGAUGGCUUGUACCGCGAAGGCAUGCCAAUGUAUAACAGACGUCGUAUUACUGAGAUUCGUGACAGCCAGACUAAAAAAUGGUUGUCCCUUAUUGACUGGGAAAAAAGUAAUCCUUUGAAUUUUGAGACAAGCUCACCAGAUCUCCAGCAACGCGUCAAGUACGUUUACCGACAAGCUGCAACAACUCUCUGGUUUUCUGCAGAUAUUUGGUUUGAAGCUGCUGAGUACUCUCUCGAAGCAACUCCUGGUGACAUUGACGAUGGCGUGGAAAUUCUCAAAAUCGGUCUAGAAGCCACACCACUAUCCUUCUUGCUCAACUACAAGCUUGCCGAAGUCUACGAGGCCAGCUCCAAUAAUACAGAAUGUAAAAAAACUUACCAAACAUUAAUCAACAAGCUCAAGGAACGUAUGGACUUUUUGGAAGCACAGAAAACAUCCCUUUACGAAGAACUCGGACUUCCAGUAUUAAAUACAGAGGGUUCACCUGCAAAUGGCUCUACACCAGUCCCAGGAGAAGGUGCUACGGAUGACGCCGCUUUAAUUGCCAACCUCAGCAGUGCAAACCAAACCAGGGUGACGCGAAUCCAACAGCAAAUCGACAAUCAGGCCAAGGUUGUAACGUCAGCAUACAUGGCUUACAUGAAAUCUGUAAAACGCAUGGAAGGCAUCAACACUGCGCGGUCCAUUUUUAGCGAGUGCCGACGACUUUCCUAUGCUACAUACAUUAUUUACGUUGCCUCAGCAAUGAUGGAGUCGCGUAACGGACGCCCGGACAUUGCAACCAAGAUCUUUGAAAUUGGUCUUAAGCGCUACAAUAGCGCAGAAUAUAUUCGCGAAUACCUUGAAUUUUUGGUUCUCAUCAAUGACGACACUAAUGCUCGUGCACUUUUUGAAACGUCCAUCAAAAAACUUGAUGUCCAGGACUCUAAAAUUCUCUACCAACAAUUUUUACAAUAUGAAGCAGAAUUUGGAGAACUCCCAGCAUUGCUCAGACUUGAAGCUCGUUACCGUUCUCUGUACCCGGAAGAGUCUGCACUAGAAAUGUUUACGGAACGCAAUGAAAUUCCAUACAAGGGAUACCGACGUACUGAUAAUACAAGAGAGCUCAGAACUAGACAAAGUGGAUCUGGUGUUUCCAAGGGAUUACGCGUCAAUGCUCGUGACGGUGGAAACACUAUUUCGUUUGACGAAGAAGAUAUUUCUGGCGAUGAUGAAGAAGAGGAAGAAGAAGACGGAUCGGGUCUUUUGAAUGGAGGCCAACAAGGAAACCAAGCUGGCCAGCAUGGUGCUGUGCGUCGCCCAAACAAAAAGACACGCCAUGACGAGCCCACAGGUCUUGGUAGCGGUAUUAGUGGCAGCAGUAACAUUGGUGGUGGGUCUGGGUUAAACUCCAGUAAUGGGAUCAAAUAUCCUGGCUAUGGGAAUGGAGACUAUGAUGGAAGUACAGUUUCAAAUAAUGUUCUUAAUAUGCUUAAAGCCCUACCUCCAGCCCAAACUUUUGUGUUACCACCAUUAGACCCUACUCGAUUGGUGAGUCUACUGCGAGAUGUUGCUAUUCCUGAAAGCUUAUUGCGAUAG